UCAUUUAAAUAGACGACGGCGGCUGCACGGGCGCGAGGCGCGAGGUGGCGCGGGGUGCGAGGUCUGCCUGAGCGGCGACGAGACGGCACGGUGCGGCACAGCGCAAGGCAGGGCGCGGGGCGGCGCCGGGUCACGGGGGGAGAGAGAGAAAACAAGGGUCUGACAUUCAGGCUGCUCCAGAAGAUGGGGUGGAAGACCGGCAAGGGGCUCGGCAAGAACAAGCAAGGUAUACUAGAGCCAAUAAGAGCUGACAUCAGAGAUGCAAAAUUAGGUGUUGGGAAGCAAGAAGAAGAUGACUUCUUCACAUCUGAAGAUAAUGUGCAAAGAAAGAAAAUGAAUAUUGAACUCGAGGAGACUGAAGGACAUAUAAAGAAGCGUGAGGCUCCAGUUGGCAAUCCUAGCAAGAAACCAAAGGUUGCUACAAAAGUUUCUUCAGUCUUCAGCAAUGGCAGCGAUGAGGACUCAUGAUCAGCAAUGCUACAAAAGAAACCAAAGGUUGUUAGACGAUGGCAAAGUCUAUAUGAUAGUCUCGGACAUGUCGCUGUCAGCUGCUGCCGAUGACCUGGUGAAACGAGGCAAAGCUACGAGCCUGGGGGAUGUUCUGCGGCCUCUGGGCCCAAAGGCAGAAAAGGGCUUGAGGCGCGUUUGGGGUCAUCUACACCAGAGCUAAUGUGGUCUUCACCCCUACAUACCUAGCGUACCAUGUGCUGGUGGUCCCGGCCCUGCACAUCGCUGCCCUCACGCUCUUCGCGAUGAGCGACAAGCACCGGUACAACUACACCGACGUCAAGACGACGUACGUCCUCCUGAGCUUCGCCGCCGCGCUUGGUGUCCUCGCGGUGUUCAUCCGGCAGCUGUUGUACCUGGACAUGUCCAAGGCAAAAGUUCCGGCGUUGUGCGAGACGGUGCCCGGGUGCAACCUCAUCGACGCGGUUCUCCGGAGAAGCCAGAAGGACAUCGGGUGGCUGGUCGAGUGCGCCACGCGCAUGGGCUUCAAGGAAGAGUAUUUUGUUUUCAAGAGGGGAUGAUAAUUAUAAGCUGUACAGAAAAGUUAUAGAAAAGUUUCGGGGUCGGUUCUCUCAGAACUGGUGAAAGCACGAGGACGCGACCUUGCCAGUUGCAGGUUAUUCGAGGAGCCAUAUGCACCAAGUCCAAGUGAGCAGCAGCCGCAACAUGUUGAGGCAUGCGGCCCUGACACGGAGAUGAUGAUCAGCCCUGGUGUGGGACCAAGCUUCGCCACCGAGCACAACCGGCCGCCGGCGCCGGGCGACGGGCGGCUGCAACAACAUGAUGGUGAGGCAUCCAACCCCGACGACAUGGAGAUGAUCGGAGCAGCCCGGAUCGGGCCGAGGACAACUGCAACAUGCUGAGGCAUGCGGCCUAGCUGGCACGGAGAAAGCACGGAGCAGCAGCCCGCCGCACGGGCAAUGGUCAUCCGACAAGAGCUUCCGCAGCAACUGGAUUCUAAGCAAGGAGCUGCAGAAGGAAUGCGGCCGCGAGAUACGGGGGAGCCUGCUCGUGUCAUUCGACAGGAGCGUUAUCCUCUGGCACAUCGCCACCGACAUCUGCUUCCGCAUGCAAGAUUAUCGGCAGCAUGAUCCUCCUGGUCCUGGUGGUUUUCGAAGAUUAGUUUUUAAUAAUGUUUUCGUAAAUUGAUUGGGUAUCUUUGAGUGUAGGGAUUAAUUAUGAAACGGGACAAUCGAUGUAUACAGGUUCGGACCUUCAAUUAGAAUAAUACUCUAUAUCCUGUGGGGGUGUUACUACUGUAUAUUGAUGAUCUUGAGUACGAGCAAUAUGGCUAAAACUAUU